CUGAAGAAAACCUGACUGGGUUGUCAACACCGUAGUGUGUGUGUGUGUGUGUGUGUGUGUGUGUGUGUGUGUGAGAUAGAGAGAGACAGAGCACGUGUGUGUGUGUUUGUGUGUGUGUGUGUGUGUCACCAUGCCGAUGCUGAAAAGAAGCGUGGAGCCUCAUCAUGUAUGCAGGACAGAAAUCCCAGAAUGCAUUGAGAUUGAGCUGGAGUGUGUGAACAACGCAACGCUAUCAGCCAUCAUACGCCAGCUCAGCAGUCUGAGUAAGCAUGCGGAGGACAUCUUUGCAGAGCUCUUCCAGGAGGCCAGUGUGUUCUACCUGCGGACUGUCUCCCUGCAGGACCGCAUCGACCGCCUGGCUGCCAAGGUCACGCAGCUGGACUCCAGCGUGGAGGAGGUCUCUCUCCAGGACAUCCACCUGCGUAAAGCCUUCCACAGCUGCACAGCUCAGGACCAGCAUUUGGUAUCCAAGGCCAGCAUCCCCACUCCCAUCACUCAGAUGUAUCGCCGUAGCGACAAGCCCCCUCCUCUCGGUGCGCUGACCCAGUACAGGGAGGAUGGAGUGGACGCUCUGAAGCUGUACUCAGACCCCUCCUACUUCUUUGACCUGUGGAAAGAGAGGAUGAUGCUGGCCACAGAGGAGAAGAGAAGAGAGAGAAGGCGACAGAGGGAGCAGAAGCGAGGGAUGCAUGGGACUUUGCCGCGGGAGGUGAAGAGGGUGCGGAAAGUGAGGGAUCGCAGGGAGGAGUGGAACAGGUUGGCUCUGGACAAAGAGCUGCGCCCAGACCGUGCUCACACACUCGCACACACACUCGCUCAUGCACACGCACACACACUCGCACACACACGUGUGCGGCCUGGCCACCACACACACACAAUGGCAGCAACUGUGUGGUUCGCAGGGGAGAGCAGGCCUCCAUUCCCAGAUUUCCCUGCCACUCAGCCCAUCAUGACCAAUCACAGGCCUCCCCAGCCAUCUCUGACCAAUCAGCACCCGCCCCCGCCCCAGAGGGUGGAGCAUGAGUACCAUAGUAUAGGUGGGGAGGUGAGCAUUGCUGUGGUGUACCGCGACACACCUGUACAGCGCCGCCCCACCCCACACACAGCUGUGCAGAAUCCCCCCCCACACACACUGACACAAACAAACACACACACGCCGGCUCAAACAAACACACAUGUCCAAACUCGGAACUCCACCGUGAAUGGCGGCAGCGCUGUUCCUCCACCUGCUGAUUACGGGAUGAUGGAGUACUACGCCAGCUCUUCUCCUCUCCCUCCGCCACUCCUCCCCCCCAUCAUCCCCUCUCCUCUCACAGCUUUUGCCUCUCCUCCUCCAUCCCUCGCUCCCCCUCUCCCUCUCUCUCCCUCUUCAUCCCUCGCUCCCUCUCUCCCUCUCUCACCAUCCUCAUCCCUUGCUCUCCCUCUAUCCUCCUCUUCAUCCUCUCUUCCUCCUCCUAAUACAGCAGCUGUUGCCAUGGCGCCUCCUCCAGCUCCUCCCCCUGUCCCGCCUUUGCCAACAGGCAUUGGCAUGGUAACCAGUGAUGCUCGAAGUGACCUGCUGGCAGCAAUACGUGUUGGUAUUCAGCUGAAGAAGGUACAAGAGCAAAAGGAGCUGAGAGCAAAGCGCCAACCAAUCGGAAACGAUGUGGCAGCCAUAUUGUCCCGGCGCAUCGCCGUGGAGAUGAGUGACUCAGAGGAAGGAGAGGAGUCAGACGGGGAAGGUGGGGAGGGGCUGGUCGGACUGAGGGGCUAAAAGACACACACACACACACACACACACACACACACAAAUUCAUACACCAACACACACAUAUUACACAUGUUGGGGGCAGAUUUCCCAUUAGUCGAAGGUGGCGAAAAUGCAUUAAUGAUACAGUCAGUGUACCCUAGUCUCGUUUUGGUUGACACAAUGGUUGCCCCCUAAACAAGGCUAAUACAGAGGAUUAGAUACCGGGCUGAACCCUCAGUCAAGCUUUUUUUUCCUGAGACAUAAGAGCAUCCUCCCUUCAUUCAGAUAGAAGCCCUCCUAGUGCAGUCAACUCCCCUUUAGUAGAAUUAGGGGUCUGAUUUUUUCCAUGAGUCAUGCUCUGCUCCUAUGUCUGUUUUUUUUCCACGAGUCAUGCUCUGCUCCUGUAAGUCUGAUUUUAUCUACGAGUCAUGCUCUGCUCCUGUAAGUCUGAUUGUUUAUCCAUGAGUCAUGCUCUACUCUUGUUAGUCUGAUUUAACCCAUGAGUCAUGCUCUGCUCCUGUGGGUCUGAUUUUAUUUUUCACGAGUCAUGUUUUGCUCCUGUACAUAUUGUGUGGUUUUCAGUGCUCUCUGUGACAUUCUGUGGAUUAAAUCAUCUCUGCUUCUACA